AAGUUAUGUCAAAAUUCAUAUCGAUAUGGUGCACAAUGGUGUUAGACAUGCAUGUGAUAUUUGCGGGAAGAAAAGCUUAACUAAAAGUAAUCACAAAAACCACAUCGAUUCAGUACACAAUAGAGUCACUCAUGCAUGUGAUAUAUGCCAAAAGGCAUUCUCAGACAAAAGUAAUCUCAAGAAGCACAUCGACUCGCUACAUAAUGGUAUCACUUACGCGUGUGAUACAUGCGGAAAGUCAUCCUCAAAUAAAAGCAAUCUCAAGAUGCACAUCAUGACGGUGCACAAUAAUGUUAUAUAUGAAUGUGAUAUUUGCGGCAAUAAAUUUACAGCCAAAUAUAGUCUCAAAAUGCACAUAGAUUUGGUGCACAAUGGUGUCACACAUGCAUGCAAAACGUGUGGAAAGAAAUUCUCAAACAAAAUUCACCUUAAAAGGCACAUAGAUUCGGAGCAUCAUAAAAUCACGCAACCAUGUUAUAUAUGCGGAAAGUCAUUUACCCAAAAAAGUUCUCUCAAAAAACACAUGGAUUCAACAUUCUCAGACAAAAGUAGUAUUAAAAGACACAUCGACACGAUGCAUAUUGGUAUCUAUCAUACAUGCGAUAUAUGCAAAAAGAAAUUUUCAACUAAGACAGAUCUUCAGAUCCAUAUCGGUGGAAUGCAUCAUGGUACCACACCUGCACCCAGUACAAGCAGAAAAACUCCUUAA